GAGCCUGAACAAUGCCUCAAAAUAGCCCCUGAGCCCAGCCGAUGGCCUUUUAUGGCCCUGUCCCUAUUGUGCACAGCAGGGUGGGGUGGGGUCAUGAGAUGUGCAGACAGGAUAAAGGUCUGGUGCAGGAGGCUCACUUACCUUCCCCUCGGCAUCCCUCUCUCCACAUCUCUCUCUGUGCUUACAGCCUCCAUGGCCCCCAAAAAGCCAGAGCCCAAGAAGGACACUAAGGCGGCUCCAGCCCCUGCACCGGCGCCUGCGCCUGCACCUGUACCCGAGCCUCCCAAGGAGGUGGAGUUUGAUGCCUCCAAGAUCAAGAUCGAGUUCACGCCACAGCAGAUUGAAGAGUUCAAGGAAGCCUUCAUGCUUUUUGACCGCACGCCCAAGUGUGAGAUGAAGAUCACGUACGGGCAGUGUGGGGACGUCCUGCGGGCGCUGGGCCAGAACCCCACUCAGGCCGAGGUGCUCCGCGUCCUGGGGAGACCAAAGCAGGAAGAUCUCAACCACAAGAUGAUGGACUUUGACACGUUCCUGCCCAUGCUGCAGCACAUUUCCAAGAACAAGGACACCGCCACCUAUGAGGACUUCGUGGAGGGGCUGCGGGUCUUUGACAAGGAAGGCAAUGGCACUGUCAUGGGCGCCGAGCUCCGCCAUGUGUUGGCCACGCUGGGUGAGAGGCUGACAGAAGAUGAGGUGGAGAAGCUGAUGGCCGGGCAAGAGGACCCCAAUGGCUGCAUCAACUAUGAAGCAUUCGUGAAGCACAUCAUGUCCAGCUGAGCCUCUCAGCCCAGGGAUGAUGAAGCUCAGAGAGACAGAGGCCAAGUGGAAGCAUACAGGCUACAAAGACAAAAAUAGAGCUACCUGAAUAGACAUCAGAGACACAGAGCUAAGAAGAAAAGUAUGACCUGAAGGUAGACAUCUUGAUGGUGGCCAACAUUUUAAGGAGUUCCUACGACUGAAAUAGAAAAGCGGUCUACUCUUUUGCCUAAAUCU